AUGAGUCAGGCAAUUCAAGUUGAAGGCAACAGUUCAGAUGAUAGUGAUUACAUACCUGGUGAUGACAGUGCUUCUGAAGUUGAUGAGGAAGCAGCAGAAAUUAUGAAGAAGUUCAAGGAGUUCAAGAGGAAGUGCAAGGCUGGAGAAAUAGCAAGAUUAGAUGAUGUUAUUUGCUCAGGAAAUUUUCAUUCACAUAGUGUUGAACAAGAUGAGGAUGGCUAUGGCACUGCAUAUGAAGACAGUAGUGAUGAGGAGGAUGAUUCAUUCACAGAGGAUUCAGACGGUGAAGUUGUGAGGCACAAUGAUGGUCUACCUGUUUACAAGGACAAAGGGUCAAGAUCAGUUUUGAGUUUGGGCAUGAAGUUUGCAGAUAAGAGAGACUUUAAGGAGGCUAUCAGAAAACAUGCUUUGGAUCAAAGGAAAGUCAUAAACUUUGUGAAAGAUGAAGGUUACAGAGUAAGGGCUAAGUGUGAUUGGAGCAACUGUCCUUGGGUGUGCUUGUUAUCAACAAACUCUAGAACAGACAGCUGGCAGAUAAGCACUUUUGUAGAUGAGCAUAAAUGUCCAUCUAGAAGGGAUAACAAGUUAGUAACUGCUAGAAGGAUAGCGGCCAAGUAUGAGAACAUGUUAAGAGCCAACCCUCAAUGGAGUUUGCGGCACCUUAAGGCAACUGUGCAAGAAGAGAUGUUUGCCGAUGUAAGCAUGUCUAAAGUGAAGAGAGCCAAGGCAAUAGUCCUAGAAAAGAUAUUCAGAAGCACAAAGGGUGAAUAUGCCAGACUUUAUGACUACCAAUUGGAAUUGUUGAGGAGCAACCCAGGUAGCACUGUGAUUGUGAAGGUUGAAAAUCCUGGUGCAGUUUUCCAGAGGUUCUAUGUUUGUUUUGAUGCACUGAAGAGAGGAUUUUUGGCAGGGUGUAGGAAGGUGAUUGGUCUGGAUGGAUGUUUUUUCAAGGGCUGCACAAAUGGGGAGCUUCUGUGCGCUUUGGGAAGAGAUGGCAACAACCAAAUGUAUCCUAUUGCAUGGGCAGUUGUAGAGAAGGAGACAAAUGAGUCAUGGGAUUGGUUUUGUGAUAUUUUCUUUAGAGAUGUAAAAAUUGGUGAUGGUUUAGGAUGGGUCAUCAUUUCAGAUCAGCAGAAGGGCAUACUAAAUGCUGUUGCAAAAUGGGCGCCAAAUGCAGAGCACAGAAAUUGUGCUAGACAUGUGUAUGCUAACUGGAGAAAGAAAUUUAAGAAGGAGUACCAAAAAAAAUGGUGGAUGUGUGCCAAGUCUUCUAGCAUGCCACUGUUCAAUUAUGCAAGAGCAAGGCUGGCCCAGAGUACUCCAGAAGGUGCAAGAGCUCUAUUGCACUCAGGACCAGAACACUAUUGCAGAGCUUACUUUCAGUUGGGCUCAAACUGUGAUUCAGUUGACAACAAUAUCUGUGAGUCGUUCAACAAGUGGAUUAUAGAUGCCAGAUUCCUCCCUAUCAUUAGCAUGCUAGAGGCAAUUAGGUGCAAAGUGAUGCUAAUGGAAGAGAUGCCUAUGAAGUGA